AAUCGUUAGUCACGGUCAUGCCAACAUGUCUCCACAUUAUUGAAUCAAAUGGAAACCUCUGAUCAGCAGUUACAGGAAACUGUACUGUCUCCCAGUAGAGUCACUAUAGAAUCAGAGAGCAAUGAAAGCGAGCAAGGUCGGAGCGCUUCUGGCUUAAGGAGCUUUCUCGCCGGCGGUAUUGGGGGAGUUGUCGGAGUUAGCAUUGGACAUCCGUUGGACACUAUCAAGGUCGGUACACAGUAUUAAAGCUUAUGUAUUCAGCAACUUCUUCCUGUGUUAGAGCUUUUGUUUGUUAAUUGGUUGUUUGUACAACAAAGUUAAAUGACAAUAUCAAGUAGCGUGAUAUACAGAGUCUUUCUAUUUUCUGAGUCAAAGACAACAUUCAACGAGUAAACCGGUCGUGUAAUUAAUAUGUGUAAGCUUGUAAGCUUUACGUUUCACCACAUUUCUUUAAUUGGUUUAAUUAACGACCCUGUAAUGUAACGUAGUCUCUUUUUCUAAUCUCAUCUUAAUACUGCUGAAGUGAGCCUAAUCGACUGAAAGCAACCAAAGGCCGGCGAAUUGCUCUCGGGAGUCGAUACCUCAAUUUCAUCCCCGGUCAGGGCUGUCACUAAGGGGGUGUUUACAUGACACUACUUCAGGAAUUUCUGGGUGGGGAUGUUUACAACCCUUAACACCCAGGGAGCGAAUUUUGCUACCCUUUCUCCCCCCCGGAGUCUUGAUGAAAUCUUCAACCAACUGAUCAGUUUCCCUCUAUCAAACACUCUGAUUUAUAUUCCUGUUUAAAUGAUAAGCCCAUAUAUGGCACCCCCCGGGAUGACAAACUUUUGCUCGGAGCGAGUGUCAUAUUUGUUGACAUGAUACCACCACAAAAUAUCAUGCCAGCUUGAGUCACCCCACCUCCUGUUCUUGUACUGGGGCGAGAAUUUCACUCCGGUAAGAAAUCUUGUUUCAUGUAAACACGAAACGAUCACCCGUUUCGGUGUGAAAUCGGUCUGCUGGUAGACUGGAACGGGUAGCGCAUGCGUAAUAUUUGCGAUUUUGAUUCACACAUGUAUUUUAUCAACAUGAAUUGUACCUUCAACUAACAAGAUACGAAAUGGCCCAGUCAACAUGUAAACGUGAUACAAAAUCACAAAGUCAUCCUGGUAUGAAACUCACGCCGGUGCGAGUUUUCUCAUGUUAACACCCCCUAAGUUUUCAAGUUGGCGAGUAAAUGCAACAAGUAGGCUGAGAAUCAAACAGGGAAUUUCUUUUGGUUCUAUUUUUCUUCCAUUUUCAUACGAAAGUGGCUGGGGGCCGCGUUCUUAGCAACCGGGGGAAAUUCCCGGCCCCCGCACCUUAAUGACAGCCCUGCAUGGUGUUGGGGUACUUACAUCCCGGGGGAGUUGUAGAGAAUUCAGGCUUGCCUCAAAUCCUGACCUCUGCGAUACUGUUGCAGCGUUCUAAGCAAUUCAGCUAGCAAGCUCAUAACUCACUGGAGCUGGUGAUUAAAUUGGCUAGUAUUUAAUAUCUCUAUUGUAUGAAUGUAUGGAUUUUUAAUAUAAUCCAGCCUUAAGCAGCCUUAAGAAAAUCCUGCAGUGCUCAGUUCCCCAUUCCUUGAGUAUUGAAUAUCACCAACUAAUGUACUGGUAAAAUUGAAAAAUUAAAAAUUUCACACGCAUCGUAUUCCCUGCCUUUACUUUGGUAAAUUUAAGGAGAGGUAGAGAGCUGAAGACAUCUUUAAAAAGAGUGUUGCUUUUUCUUGAAGAAUUUCGAGCACUGGUCAAGCACUGAUUUGUUUAGAUUUUAGGCCAGUGACCGCAAAUACUGACAAUAACUCUUUCUCAUUGAUAAAACAUGUGUAAUCAGUAAUCUCAGUGCAUAUAAUCGUCAGUCAACUUAGUCCACAUGUAUCCAGUGCCUAAUGAGUGCCUAAUCCGACUUGCUAUACUAACGUCCUGGCAGGUAUGACCUCUACUUUCUCUUCCCUCUGUGGAUUUGUUAAACCAAACAAGAUCAGGGGAGAGUAAAGUAACAACAUGAAUGAGGGUGAGCUGCGAGAGGCAAAGAUACCAGCGCUAAAACUGAAAAAAAAAAUUGAAUGCGAAUCAACACAGGCAAUCUUCUUUCAUUUUGAUUUUAAUACUUGUCGAACAAAUCGAUUAAAAUUGAUAGCUCAUUACAAAAAAUCGAUCAUAAUCGAUAAUCUCAAGAAAGGGAGCAAUCAAUUCCUAUCAAUGUUCGAUAUUAGUCAAUUCAUUAGUAUCGAUUACGAUCAAUUAUGUUCGAUUUUUAUUAAGUGUCGAAAAUGUCAAUUUUGUUUUGUCCUGAUUGCAGAACAGAUUGCAGGGGCCAGGGUUCCAUUCCCAGUGAGCCAGAAUUUUUUUUCAGGCUCUCUUUUUGCAACUGCAUGAUCAUGAGUGAGAUACAGACUGUUAACUUGACAUGCUAAUACUUCUGUGCAAGAACUGUUGAAAUUCAACUAAAGGGAAGAUUUAAGUCAUUUAACUCAAACAAAUAUAAUAAUGUUGAGCGUAAAACUUUUCAUUGUUAGUGCUUAAUUUUAAGUGAACCUUAUUUUAAACAGGUUCGUAUUCAAACUACGCCAUUACCAAAACCUGGGGAAGAGCCUCUGUUUAGAGGAACUCUAGAUUGCCUUCGAAAAACAGUGCAUAAUGAGGUUUGUAUAAAGUAUACAUCUUACACUCUGACACCAAUGUAAUGGUGACACCAACACUUAUACAUUGACAGUAACUGAAAGACAGUAGGGUUUCAUGAAAGUCCUGUGUCCCAUAUCCUCUGUUGGUGUGACUAACUUUUUUGUGUGUCCAAAAUAGCUUGCUCAAUAACACAUCCAGCCCUAUUGUCUUUGUAGUAUGGCAGCAUUCUUUAAGAAGCCAAUAACAUUUGAGAACAACUUGAAUUAUAUGAUUAACUUUUAAAUGUCUUUAUAUUGAUUUUGUCAUGUCAAGUCUUUUUCUCUAGACCAAGACUGACUCGGACUGUAUGAGGUUGUUCUUUCACACUUGGUGCCCAGGCAAACAGCCUGUCACUAUACAGUACUUAAUACUAAUGUGUAAACACCUUUCUUUUAAGAAUCCACACCAGAAUUUGGGUGUGCUGCAGGUGUUCCUUGUGCACUCAUUUCUGUCCUGAGGCAAUCCACUCAUUUUGUAUACCCAUAUAUAUUAAGCUUCCUGCUUCUGUUACCUUUCAAAAUCGGGUCCAACAUGACAAAAUGUAGCAAGUGUGUGCUACACAGUUGCGUAUUGGGUACCCAAAGCAUGAAAACAACAUCAUUUCACACCAGUGCUCAGACACCAUGUGUGAGCACUGUAUGGCUUUAAUAGGUAAGUUGUUUGUGAAGAUCAAAACACACAAGUCCAGACAUGGAUCUACAUAUGUGUAGAAUAAAUACUGACUGAUUUCCUGAACGAGCACCUGAUCAUGAAGUGCAAUCCUCUAGGGGGGUUUGGGGGCAUGUUCCCCUGGGGAAUUUUUUCAGACUUUAACUCCCCAAAGUCCCCUUUCCUGGGUUUAUGACACCAUUCAGACAAGAUAUUUACUGAUUAUCAAAACCAUUUUCCAGAUUUCAACUUGGAAAGUUUAGUUUUUUACUAAAAAUAUAUUUAUUUUGAAAAAUCUGACCGAUUUCUGUGAAAUGGUGGAAACCGGUAUGGAUCCGCACCUGCAAGCCUGAGGAAGCAUUUUGUAUGUAAAUAUACAUGUAGUUAGAGUAUUUUUCUGUGUUCAGGGUGUAUCCGGAUUAUUCAAGGGUCUUAUAACUCCAGUUGCCUUCUCCACCCCUAUCUGUGCUGUACAGUUCUGGGCAGUUACCAUGGGUAGGAAGUGGCAAAUGUCGGACCCUCAUGAAAUUCCCACGUGAGUGGUUUUGUGUACAUUAAUUACCAUGCAACAAUUAUGGCAGUCUGAUUUUAUUAAGAUUUUUGUGGGUGCAUUUAUGGAAUCUAUAUUAGCGAGUGUCUCAUUAGGAUAUAAAAAGGAAAGCUGUAUCAAAAACAAGGUGGGCAAGUUUGUUAUCCAACCUCAGUGUCAAUAUCCAGACACCAAGAAGCUAGUGGUUGUAAAAUGUUAGCUACAGUCCAUGUUCUUGAUGUUGAGGUGUUUGGGUGUUGGAUGGUGGAUCAAAGAAUCUGUAUUGCACCAGACUCGUAUUCAGUCGCUCCUGUGUAUGCACUGUGAUUAAUGGGAAGGAUUUAGUGAGAUUGCGGUGCAUCAAGGGAAGGAAGGAAGAAAAAUGCGAAGCUUUUUCACCCUCUUUAACGGGCACUUUUGUGCCCAUCAAAUUGCCUUGCCAUAUUCCUUUGCGAGAAUAAAUAAGUGGCAAUUGGGAACAAGUCUGGUAUUCCACUGUAUUGUUCAGAAUAUUUAAUACCAUGCAUGAGCAUUGAAGGUCAUACAGAGGAUAGAGAGCAUACCUUACGAAAUACAUUUUAAGAGUUCCAGUAUAUCGUAUAUGUUUUGAUAGUUCCCAUUUUUAAGGCAGAAAUAUAAGGUCCCGAGCUUGAUGUAUAUAUGAGUAGUGACUGUUACAUCUUUCUGAAAAACUAGAAAUUUCCAGAACUUUACGGCUGGAAUGUUCUCUGGGGCCUGUGGAGCAAUUCUGAUUGUUCCUUGUGAUAGAAUUAAAUGUCUUCUACAGGUAAGAUUUGACAAUUAAUACAGCAAUGUAACUUAAAUGUAAACCACCGGAACGUUCUUUUUGUAAUCUCUCUUUCACUUUUUUUUUUUGUUAAGUGCCCGAUCAGGUAGCAUUUCUUCCAGUUCAAGGCUUUAAAACCGUUCAUGUAUAUCUUACAGGUUAAAAUUAAUUUCAAAAUUUUCAACUUUUAGCCUAGGUUGAUUCUAUGUUUCUAUUCUAUGUCUCUCCUAGCCCUAAUGAUUCAUGAAUUAGGGCUGAGACAAAGGAAAUUGAAAAUCAACCUAAGUUAAAAAAUUUUAAAGUGAAUUUAAUUUUGACCUGUAACAUAUAUACCAGGCUUCAGUUUUUCAAAAGGUUGCUGGAGAGUGAUUUAUCCAGUGGAUAACGCGAUCUAACAUUUGAACAACCGAAUUUCCUGUCUUGGGCAUUAGUUAUUUCACUUCUUCUUUGUCCAUGAACCCACCUCCUUCAAAAAUGAAGAUUCUUGCGGGAGGUCUUUAAAAAAGUAAAUAAAGAAAAAAUAAAGACACUACGAAUUAAUAAAUAAAUAUUAAUUAAUUAAAAAAGGCUUGCAGUCAUAAAAAACGUUGUAUUGUCGAUAGGAGUAUACAAGUUAGUUACGGCGAUUUCCAUUGGGCAAAUAAAACUUUGGAUUCCCUAUUAUCGCCACUUAAACAAGAUAAAGAAUUGUUGCCUAAAGAAUUUUCAUUUUACCCGUAAUAAUAAAUCUCACAGCGAAGUUCGUUCUUAGACGAGUUUUCUGUUCCUGGAUCAGACACUUUUCUUUUUGAAACAAAUUAACAAUUAAAGCAAGACAAAAGGGCACAAAACACUGGGCAUACUUGGUUGCGGAGUAAUCACAGCGAACAAUGAACAAUAGUAAGAUUUGCUUGAUCUGAAAAAGUCCAAACAUUGACGACCAACAAAAAACAGAAGGAAAACUUUAGCACUAACAGAAAAUAUAAGGGUUAUGAUCAUUAAACACUAACAGAAAAGAAGAAGAAAAACAUUUGCGAUCAACAGAGAUCUAAGACAAACUUUGAUAUGCAGUCGACCGCAUGCAUUGGAUUCUUAACGCCUGUAAUACUAAUAAUAUACUAGCAAUAACCAGCGGUUAAGGAGUGCGGGCUACAACGAUCGGAGGUCCAAAUUCUUUCGCUCCAACGCACAAGUUUCACGUGACAGAUGGUCAAAAAAGUGUGAUUAAAUUACGAGGGGUAAAAGGUUGAAACGCGCGUGAUCAAAUUGCGUUUUAUACAUUCCAUUGAUUCUUAGUGGAAGUCCAAACGAAUGCUAGCCACAUACGUGCGACGCAUGCGUAAUAGCAACCUGGAGAUUAGGAUUGCGAGCUCCUCUUGUCGCCCGCAAUAAAUGACGUCAAAUGUUCAGUACUUAAGUGGGGCUACGAGCCGCAGGCGGGUUACUUCAUUGCAAAUUUUUGAACAUUUCGAGGACAUUAACUUUUCUAUUGUUGAGACGAGUAUUUAAGUUAGUCAGUUAUAAGUUAGUGGUCGAGCGCUGGCUCGGACGACAUGGCUUCUCCCUCGCCAGUCACUAGUUGCUAGAGUAUAAAUCAUGAAAAAUUGUUGUCUAUUUGUUUUUUGCAAAAACAUUGACAGUUUUUGACGUCCAUUUCCGUUGAAGUUUCUCGGAAAAUCGAGCGCCGAAGGCAGAGAAAAACAAAUUGCGUCACCUUCACGUCAUAUCUUAACUCUCGACCAAUCAGUGCUCGAGAAAUCGUUCACCGAAGUUAUGGUUGUUUUUCCUCUUCCUGAUCAUUUAAUCUUUUCGUCUAUAACUUUUAAGAAUUCUUCGGAAGAUCUCCAUGAAUCUGAUAAAACGACAAGUUUUGCCUGUGCUCUGAACAUGGCUAUGAAUGUAUCGUAGUUGCGAAGAGACGUCAACAGCAAUUCAGAUGUGUGAAGUAUAACCACCAUAGGCCACUCUGUUCCGUCAAUAAGGGUAGAAUCAAAUCUUGAAUUUGACUGUAAAAGGCAUACCUUGUCGCAAGACCAUCUUGGAUAAUCUUCAGGAACUGCACCUUUUGCUGUCAGCUCAUGGAAUUGUACUCCCUGGUUUCGUAGCUCGUCGCCCAGGUUGUUCUCUGUUCCAUAUCUGGCGACGAAAUUUACGACCAUUAUGUCUCCAGAGAAGAGCUGCAGAUUCUUUGCUUUCAUCGAUGGUGGUCGUAAUUUUGAAGUGGAACCUAGUGCUUUAUUAACGACUUUUGCGCACUCUUUGUACAUUAGCCUGACAAGUUCUUCCCUGUCUUGUGAAGUGGUGUCGCUACGUCUUUGUGGUUGGACUGCGAUCCAGCUUAUGUCUUGACCCUCCACGUUGUGGUUGAGCAUUUUGUCUGUACCGUAAGGGAAAUCUCGGUCGAAGUAGCGUGCACUAUAAUCCUGCAAUAGUUUUACAAUGUUGUUUGUGCUUCUAAGCAAGUGCUUGAUCCGGCUCACAACUCCACCAUUUCUUUGUAAUGUCUCCAAGAGGGAAGGAGUGCUAAGGGUUCUGUACAGUGGGUUUUCUUUUCCUUGUAACUUUUGGGCUUUUAGCAGCCGUUCAAUCUCUUCUCUGCUUUUUUCAUCUUCAAAGAGCUGUUUCUUGUAGUCAAAGACAGAACUCAUCCAGACGUAGCCGUUGACAUUCUUCUCGAGUGCCUCCUUUACAAUACGUAGCUCAUCAAUGACGCUGCUUGCGUCAGAGUCCUCUUGUAUCUGGUAUCGUUUCUUUGAACCAAUCCAUAGUUCGUCAAUAAAAAUAUGAUCAUAUUCCUGAACGAUCCAUAGGUCAUCAAUCAAGAUAUGAUCGUAUUCUUGCACUCCUCUUUGAGAGCAUUGUCCUCUUCUCUGUGCCCUUUUCUCUUCAAGGGUUUCACCUUUGAGAUCAAUCGUCUUUACCUGAAUAUUUUUUGCCUUGUUUUGUUUAAAAUACUGUCUCAUAGCGUUUGGGAAGACAGUCUUUUCUUUUUCUGGCAAUUGAAUCAAAUAGAGAAUGCUUUGUUCUCCUUUGGUUUGCUGGCUGAGAAGCAAGGCUUUAGACCUCAUUAAUUCUGUUUUUCCACUCCCCGGUCCGCCGAUUAUGAGUUGUUUCUUUGGUCCUUCAAACACAGCAAGCUGUUCCACAGUAAAAAUCGGCGCCCAUUGUCUCUUGCCACGAAGUGGCUGGAUUCUUAUGUCUCCCUCAGAAAGGCUGCUGUAUAAUUCUACAUCGAGGUUUGUGCAAUGCUCGCCCAAUAAAAACUUGCUUUGUUGUUUGGCUAAGCGCUUUGAAAGUUCAUUCAGACAGUUAAUUGUGUCCGUGUUAUCCAGGUUGAGGUCCUUCAGAGUUGUGUCUGGUACUGUCAAGGUCGUUUCUUUCGAUGCCUCAUUGGCUCUGUUCAUGUAGCUGACAAUGCUGGCCAUGUCCAUAAUGUACUUCACUGAGAGGUACUGGAAAACGUUUUCGUCCUCAACUGUUGGCUUGUCACCGCACAAGAACGUUUUAUCAGAGAGACUCCUAUUGAGAUUCUUGUGAAGGUUUCCCUUUUCAGGAAUGCCAAGACUCCCUAAAGCAGCAAAACAUUGUUUUUUUAAGACUUUUUCACCAGAAAGCUCACUGUGAGAUUCUGUAACUUGGAACAUGUCUUGACACCACCGAAAGAGAUGGGGAUGUUCGGUUUCUCUAAUCGUCCAGUAGUGUUCAGCCAGAUUCUCUAGGUGCUUAAAGUUUUUUAAAGUGUGACUUGUGAUAGCUGUGUACUCAUUCUCGCUUAUGGGACCCAAAUGUCGUACCGCCAAGACUCGUGACAAUGCGAGCUCAUAGGCCUUGUUGUUGUCCACUGUGGUAGCCACUGACUCAUCUGUCUCGAUUUUGUCAUUCCACCAGCACCAGAAGCUUUCAAGACUCUUCAGGUCUUCCUGGUAUAUGAACAAAGUGUCAUCUGGACAUUCAUGUACAGUACCUUUCUUGGUCGAGGGCAGUGCUAUAACCAUGCGGACUGGAAAUGGGUCUAUGUCAUUCUUCUGUUCACUGUCAGAAAAAGAUCUAGCAAAAGCCACCACUGUUUCUUUGCAUCGUUUCAGCUGGUUUUCCCUAGCGUCUUUGAUCUCCUUAUCCAGAUUAGAACAUUUUUGAGCACCUUCUUCAGUUGUUUCCCUUAUACUUUUCACCUCAACCAGAAUAACUCCCUUUUUAUGGUGAAAAACAAUAAAAUCACUUUGCCCUGCUGAUUUGGGCGGCUUUGGUACUUGGUCUUCGGGCCUUCCGCCUUUACAUCCCUCGUUCCAUUUUUUGAUAUGUUCGAGCUUGAAGUCAUGAAUAACGAACAUUCCUAGCUUAUUCGCUUGGCCAAUUUGUUGCAGACGAUUGUAGACUAGAUCCUCACCUCUUAUUCCAAUGAUGUUGACUUCAUCUUGGUGACGAUAUUGGCCUCCUCUGGAAACAGUCAGGCCCAGUUGGCAAGGAGUGAAGACAGGGGGAAUCAUUACAGUCUCAUUGUUGUACUUCCAACUCGGAAACUGCCAGUUUAAGAACUUUUCUGGGCUUGAAAGCUCCUUUAACGUUUUUGGCUCACCUCCAAAUUCUUUAAUAGUUAAGUUCUCCAGUGUUUCUGCAACAAGCUCUUCAACUGGGUCUGGGUUGGUUGCUGAUGCCAUUGUUAAACGCACUCUUUAUUCCGUUCUGAAUAUUCUUGAAAGACAAACCAUUAAAAUCAAAUUAGACAGGUGAAGCAACCAAAACAUUCCAUGUAAUCCCCUGACCAAUAACACUCGCACACAUAAUCGCGUUCACCGAUCAGAUUUGGAAUAAAACUGCCUAUACACGACUCCAGGCGCCUUGAAAGCGGGCCUGAGUCAGGAUUACAUUUGUUCUUAAUAUUUUUUCUAGUGUUGUGAAUUGAGGGCUGCAAAUUAAAGAUGAAAACAACGGUACUGCAUUCUAUUUUGGGAGCUCUCUGACCGUGGAUAAUCUUUUGUUUUGGGUUCACAAACUGCAGGGAAAUUGAGAGUGUAGAGUUUUGACAAAAAUGUAUAAUAUCACAUUACCGUAUUUUCUAUUUUCGCUUCAACGGAAGACUUUUUUAAGGAAACCUUUGUAAGUGGUAAUGAGGCUUUAUGAUGAUUUCUACAAUAGACAAUUGCUCAAGCGCAUAAAUUAGAAAGACUUUUGUUUAAAUUCACCCCAAGGGUAGUGUGCAUGGGAGCACGUCUCUUGUGGUUUGCAUGUAAUAAAAAUGUCAUUGCAUUGCUUUAUUUCAGGACAUUGAAUUAAUCAACCGUCAACUCUUAAGUGUGUCAUUACAGAAAUAAAAUUUAGAAAAGUGGUCAAAACGAAAAAGAAAUAAUCAAUAAAUUCCCCAACUUAAACAUGUGUAGUCCGCCCGUUUGCCAUAUACUGCGAACCAGAAGUUAUUAUAGCCUUGUUGAUAUAAAUGCUAAUGAGAUGAUUCUGAAUUCGUCGACGAGUUGUUUAUGUAUGUGAUGUCUAAACUGAGAAAGUACGUUCGACGAAAUCAGCUCUUUCAGCAAAUUAUUUGACUUGGAAGUUUCAAAAUGUACGAAUAUGAUUUCGACUUCCGCUUGUAUCAGGCACUGCCGUAAUUGGAUCACUGUAAAGUUCACCACUUUUCAGCUAACAAGCACAAGACAAACGUCCAAAGGAGAGACUGAAAGUUAGCUACAUUCGACGUAUAGUUGAUAUUGGAGAUGUUAAGCAUCACGUUUACGUCGAACGGCAAACGCGAAUUUGUACCGUGUGACCAAGUUUCCCCUAUACUUAUCGUUUACUGUUCAUUAUUUCAACCUGUAAAUAAGAAUUGUUUUGAGCUGUUUUUAUCGGCUCAUUUUCUAUUUUGAGAAAUUCUCAACUUGAAUCUGACGUUUGCCGUUUGCCGUAUACGGGAUACUUAAACUCUAUAUUGUAGCUAUUUAGAAACCCCCAUUUAUACGCAAUGACGCUGGGCGAAACGGCUCUCUGAAUCAGAGGUUAACUCACUAGUCCUGGUUUAAAAUCUUAUAAAUGCGUUCUGAAUGUUACAAGAACCAUCGUUUCAAGAUGGAACCCGACUUACCGUUCGAAGUAGAUUGUGAAAGAGCAACAGAUCUCAAGAUAUAUUUUCCGCGUUCAAUACCCUGCCUAGUUAGUCUGCUUCACAGCCGUUCCUUUCCCUUUGUGUUUGUGGUCUAACGAACAAACCAGUCAUGUAUAAGAAACUUGAUAAUACGUGAGCCGCAGGGCGCUAGGAGCGAACACGCUUCUCAGUUUUCGACAAAUCAAUCAAUCGUUGCUGACCCGGAAUUUUGAUGAGCUCUGUGUCUGCAAGCAACGAAAAGAUUGUCUUAAGCGGUUAAAAAAAUUCCAAGUGAAAAACAAAAAGGUUUGAUAGGCCUACAAGACUCUUACCAGGAUCGGUUGGUUCUUUUUAACCUGCAUAUGUAUGACGAAUUUCAUGUGCCAGAUGUGCUCAUUGUGUGGUUGGACAUGUGAAGACUCUGAACAUUAAACAGGAGUACCCAACGAACAUUUUUCGCAAAAUUGAUUAUACGAUGUCGUAAACGCUAGCAAAGUGCUUUUACGUCAACCUAUGUUAAUAUUUAACUUUCCUGGGAAAAAAAUACCCGCUCUUCACUGCUAGCCAGCAAGACUUUCAGAAAAUAAAAAUCCCAGCCAGCAAUCAUGUUUGACGGUUUUUUGCCAGCCAGCAAGGUUAAAAAAACAAAAAUUACGCAAUCCCAGCCAGAGUGAAACGGAAUUCGGUGUUUGCCAGCCAGCGGUAGCAGAAGUAAGUUAUGAGCCAGCCAGCAAAGUUUCAUUUAACACAUUGCCAAGAAAAACAUGUAAGUCAGUAGGCAAGAUCUGUUUUACGUCAAAUUUACAUAAUAUAAAAGAAAAGCGUGUUUAACCUGUUUCACCCUUUUAUCUAGUUGUCGUUUUUUUUUUUUUUUGAGAUAUAGGGAAAAGAUCAUCCCUAAGUAUUACAUAACAAUAACAUAACAACUAAAGACAUUCAGCUGUACUUACAGUUUUGCCAGGUAAACGAUAAAAAGGAAGAUCCCGAACUUUUUCCAUAACACAAUAAAACGUAAAAAAAGUGAUCACCGAAAAGCCUUAAGACCAAUGCAUAUUUUCCAGCGGUAAUCGACUGAGGCGAAAAAAAGUUUAAGAAUAAACAACAUAACGAGUAAGCUCGAUCUACGUGUGGUCUCCUCUGCAAAAUCACUCCAAAUUCAGUGUAGACACAUGCUUACCGCCAGCAUUGUAUGCCGUGCCUACUGUUACUGCGCAAAAGUUUUUACACCAGAACUGAUAGAAAGUUUCGAGUAAACAGGCUUUCCGUCGGAAAAUUCUAACCGCUACGGCUGAAAACCACGAACCCAAAAAGUAAAGUAACGUUUGCGGUCUUUAACUCGAGUUUCAACGUGGGGAGGAUGGUUUCCUCUUUCUUCAUUUACGUAAACGCCUGACAGUAAACAAGGACCUUUCUGUUGCGGUAUAAAAAAACAGUACUGUCCAUGUUUUCAAAUAUGCUAUGGCAACAGUUUACUUUUUAAAGCCAGACUGAUAACGUGUUCUUGUAGUAACUUUCUCCUCACAAGUACUUGAAGAGCUUGUCAUCCUGAGUUUGAUCUUACUCACUCAUUUUUUCUCUAGCCAAAAAGCCAUAAUGGUAUGUCGUCAGACAAUCACCACAAAAGUUUCGCAGCAAAAGCCAGUAGUCGUAGGUUGUCAGUCAGGCAAUCACCGUAAAAGUUUCACACCAGAACUGGUGCAAAGUUUCGCAGCAAAAGCCAGUAGUCGUAAGUAGUCAGUCAGGCAAUCACCGUAAAAGUUUCACACCAGAACUGGUGCAAAGUUUCGCAGCAAAAGCCAGUAGUCGUAGGUGGUCAGUCAGGCAAUCACCGUAAAAGUUUCACACCAGAACUGGUGCAAAGUUUCGCAGCAAAAGCCAGUAGUCGUAGGUGGUCAGUCAGGCAAUCACCGUAAAAGUUUCACACCAGAACUGGUGCAAAGUUUCGCAGCAAAAGCCAGUAGUCGUAGGUAGUCAGUCGGGCAAUCACCGUAAAAGUUUCACACCAGAACUGGUGCAAAGUUUCGCAGCAAAAACCAGUAGUCGUAGGUAGUCAGUCGGGCAAUCACCGUAAAAGUUUCACACCAGAACUGGGGCAAAGUUUCGCAGCAAAAGCCAAUAGUCGUAUGUAAGUCAAGAAUGUUUCGUUUUGCAGUCAGACAAUCACCUAUAAAGGCAUGUAACCUUAUGUCGUGCAUGCGAUGGUCGUGUGAUGUCUAUAAGUUAUAGAAUCGAAGUGCAGUUGAAACAAAUGUAAGUAAGAUCACUCCAAGGAAGGCAAGCUUUUUUUGCUUUGGGUACAGAGACACGCACCAAAGUAAAAUACAUGCCACAAUACCUUUAUCAAUUUGGUUGAAGCACCGUCAUAGUAAAUUUGCGAACAACAACAGUACUUGAGUUUUAAUACAGCUACAGAAAAAUUCCUGUAGUUUUUGGCAAUAAGUUAAGCUUAGGUGAAACCUUCUUCGGUACGUUUAAAAAUCGAGUUGAAGACGGCAAACGUGACGUAACUGCGUCCUACUGCGUAUCUCGCGCUUCGCGCUCGCGCCUCUUUUGCGCAGGCUACGGUUGAGUUGUAAGGGCGAUUAUUUUGUAGAAAGCAAUAACUUCAUGAUAACCAGAAGAAAAUAAAAAUUCCAAAGAAAAAUAUCCUGUUCUUCACGACAAAUGGUUACAAAAAGAACAACAUAGUUGUCUAUUAAUUUGUUUAUUCAAUAGUCCAGUUUAAACCCUGCUUGCAGCAAUUUUAGGAAAAUGUGUAAAAUACUGCUCACAUUUGUAAUUUUCUUUCAUUUUUUGGCAAGAAAAUUGUGAACUAUUUUUCAUUCUUUUUUUCUACAUUGGCCAAAGAGCCUCUCAAACGUAACCAUGGCCGGUAACGCCCGCUUUCAAAUUUGAGGUCCUACAGCCGGGAAACAUCACCAAAAAAGUGUAAUCUGAGUCACUGUGUUCGAAGAUAUGAAUAAAUUUACUAACAGAGCUGUUACAAUUUAUACGAUAAAAAGCUUUAAGAGCAAGAAAUGCCUCAGCGUCAAAACAGAUACUAGUAUGAAAGUCAAAGAAUGAUAGCCGUUCGGGAUUUACCCCGCUAUACUACAAUUUACUACACAGACGUUAGCAUUGAAAUGCAACGGCACACUUGGAUGUUGCCUUUUUUAAAACCAACAGUUACUAUAACGGACGCGAAAUACGUCAAUAUACGGGUAGUACAAACGUAAAAUCUUCCUACCUUUUCCGAUCCUAACAGAUACCUGUGCAGUUGCUAAACGCCUUCCAAAUGACCAUAGAUCGAGGAGGUUUCCCGUCCCGGUGAGCACAUAACAAAAGAGAAAUUGGUUCCAACGGAAAUAUUCCAGAGCGCGCAAACCUGGACAACAUUGCAAACGAGCAUACCGAAUGAAAUCAGUUUUGAGUUCACUCCGCUAAGAGACCAGAGUGUAUUAUUUAUUGGAGAGAGUUUUUGUAUUCAAUCGUCUCAAUAUUUGAUGGCAUUUAUGUGCAUUAGCGAAUGUUCUUAAUUCGAUACACAUACACGGCAACCUGAAAUGCAGCAUUGAUCAUAGACCACUAGUUGGAUUUUACUAAAAAUGGAUACCCGCAAAAUACUGCUAGGGGGUAACCCUCCGAUGGACUAGCAUCCCAUCUAGGGGGGAACAGGGAAUGGCAAGAUUCCUAUAGUCAUCCUUCAUGGUAAGGAAAGAAACACAACCAUUUUGCUUACCUUUUGGCCGCCUUAACAUCAGGUUUAAAGUAGAACGUAGGAAAGUAGCUGAUAUGUAGACAGGCAUACACACAAAAGUGUUUUCUAUAAAGGAUCGACAGCGAAACGACUAAAAACAAAGCGGUGAGCGGUGCUUGACUCAACCUUGUCAUUUUCUCACUACGUGUAUCUUUUACAAGGUAUUCACAGCAGGACGUUUUGCUUACACACCCAAACAAAUUUCCGUUUUCACAGGCAAAAGGUGUCAUUUCCACAGCUCGCUUGGAGUGAUUUUCACGCGCAGUUACUUGCUUCGCCCGGCUAAUAUCCAUGUAAAUUACAGUGCGAUUGCCAGGAGAAAAAAUAUACCUUUUUAUCCAGCCAGAACCGGCAUAAAUUUUUCAUAUUUUCAGCUAGCGAGGCGCUCAUUCAGAUUUCCCAGCCAGCUAAUUAGCCAAUGUUUUUUUUUUCCAGCUAGCUCAAAUUCUGCCUGUAGAGCGGGUAUUUUGUCGAGCGGCUCUGUCGGGUACUCCUGAUUAAACUCUCAAGGGUACUGAUUCAAACAAAAGCAAUCUUAUAAAUUAUCGACAAGCGAUUUACCGAAACUAUACCCGGCAACUUUAUAAGCACAGACUUUCUUGCUGUUGCUGCUUAUCUCAAAAAUUUUGAAAGGACUCGACAAGACUGCUUGUUUUCACGCGACGAUUUUGAUUGUUCUGUCAUUCGCACAUGGGGCACCGAUAAAAGCAAAGCUGUGAUUGGAGGAGUCACCAUACAGCAACAGUGGCGCGAACACCUUCCAGGAAAUAAGAGCUGAAUUAUAAUUGGCUAAUCGCGAGAAAGGAAUUUUGUUCGAUUUUUAGCAGCCGUUAGUGGGGAGGAGCGUUGCGUGACGACACUGAUAACGGCUGUGUAGCAGACUAUACCCCUGCCUUGACUUGAAAGAAUGUUAAGUUUCCCAAAAAGCACGUGUACACGACAAUACAAGGAGACUGUCUCUUGGUAGCUCGGAUGAAUGGCUAGGCUACCAGGUAAAGAGAUGAGGCUUUGAUCUGCGUUUUAGGAAAGCAUAGUUCCCGUAACAGCUGAUACUACAUACAAUCGUGCAAUCGGUCCUUUGAUAGAAAAUUAUUUUGUUAAUAUUUAUACUUUACAGAUGGCAGCAAGUAAUUUUUAUUCCUCCCUUGUUAUACCUAGAACACUAGCCUGCAAAGCAAGCGUUUCCGCGAGUUCUGAGGCAAAGUUGUGAUGAGAGCAAAAAAAAAAAAGUUCGCGCCAGAAUUCAACUACAAAACCUUGCUUCGUGGGCUACAAGCAGACUUAUACUAUACCCUGACUGAGUUUUAUGCCGACUUUGAAAUAAAUUUGUCAUGGUGUGUACACGUUGUAUUCAUUCCGAUGGCGAAAAAAGAAUACCAGAAUAAUAAAGUUCAUUCUACAUUUAAUGCAUGUGUUAUAUAUAGUGGAUUUUCCGUAAAGACCAACCUGAUUUUUUUUAAAAAAAGGUGGAAGGUAUGCCUACAAAAAUACUGGCUCGGGAUGGGAUAGAACGGGAUAGGACGAACACUUGCGGAAGCACUUGAUACGCAGGCCAGCUAACAAUUUUUUUAAUAAAAUGUAUAUAAAGAAUGAAUGAAGUGAACUAAAAUAUCGAUGAGGACAUUUAAGAGGUUGAUUUAAACUGAACUCCGGGCGAUCCAGAGACCUAGUCUCAGUCUCAUACAUGGUGCGCGAAAGCUGUUCAGGGUGCCAGGUGCUAGCAGGGACUAUCGGGGGCGUACCUACCUGUACGCACGGUAAGCACAUGCGUACCUGAAAAAGGUCGGGGGUAAAAAAAUAAAUUAAAUAACAUAAAAAGCAGAAUAAUUUAAAAAAAGUAAGUCUAAACGUUAAAAACAAAAAAAUGCAAUUCCGUUUAAUUUUGCCUCAAUUCUUUUUAACAACUGUUUGAUUCUUUGGAGUAUUGUUUUCGAUAACAACGGACUGUUUGUUUUUUUUCAUUUGAAUCUUGAAUAAUAUACAUAAGAAUGUCGGUUUUCAAAACUACGGAACUUCUUUUCUCCUACACGAUCACGUUAAAGUGGCAAAAACAAUGUGGUAAAAAAGGUUUAAAAAAUAAAUGAAAAGUCUGAGAUCCUACCUUGCUUGUUGGCUUAAUUUAUAAUAAGCGAUUGAUUGCUUUAGUCAAUGAACUGCUCAAAAAGGCGACAAAAACUCAUACAAAAGUACGUAAGGCUUAAGCUUACUAUAGGCUUUUGUUCAUUAUGCCCUUGUUUCUCCACUAAAAUGCACCACCAUGAUGCUCCGUUGUUUCCACUAAACUACUCUGUCUUCCCCCCAAAAAGUCACCUUGAAUGCUCGAUAAUGUUCAUCACAGAGAGGUUUUUUUGAAAAUUAAUUUUAACGCUAGUAACAAAAACGCAUAAAUGGUACAGCAAAAAAAAAAUCGUAUAAACGGCUGUAUUAGGAUAGCAUUUAUUUAUUUUUAAUUUUGACUUUAACUCAGUCUUCUCUUUCUCUGAAAAAUAAAAUUAAUCUUUAUUUUCUCUUAAAAAAAGUUACACUUUUCCGGGCAAAUGCCGCAAAAAUGUUCGACUGAUGCUUUAUGCUUUCGCCUUACUAAAAUGUCACCUAAAGAUGCUAUAUAGAAUAAUGUACAAAAGCCAAGCUUACAAACCUUUAAUUUGAGGUUGGAGGGAAGAAGAUUUGAAAAAUUGUGCUUACCUCUGGAAAAAUCUGGCUUCACCCCCUGACUAUGGUGUUUCUAUUUGUUAAGACACUAAUUAAAAUAGUCUGAAAACUUUUACUCAACUGAUCGAUGACUAAUUUCUUACUAGUCAAUCACGCAAGUGGAUGAUACAAGCAAAAACGACUACAGUCAACUCUCUCUAAGACGGACACCUUUGGGACCGGCAUUAAGUGUCCGUCUUAGAGAGGGUCAAAUAAAAGGAGUAAAGAAAGGCAGGGACCAACUCUAGGUGUCCGUUUUACAGAGGUGUCCGUCUUAUAGAGGUGUCCGUUAAGAGAGAGUCGACUGUAUCACUGUACAAGCCACGUCCUUUAAAAUUUGCAGGUUCAACAAAAUUCCAGAGGAGAGCGACCAUACAAAGGUCCCCUGAAUUGUGCGAAACAGCUGUACAAAGAGAGAGGUAUAGCGUCAUUAUACAAAGGAACAUGUGCAACGCUACUCAGAGGUUAGUAGACACAUAGCGAAGUGAAGCAUUUACAAAGGGUAAAACAUUGACAGUCAAAUGACGUGCAACUUUCUCUCUUAUUAUAUCGCGGAAUCCAUGAGUGGUCAAGAUGAAGCGAAGCCUGCAUUCUGAUUGGCUACAUGAGCGGGGAGGAUGGGCCUAUGCCCUCUCGGGAUUUCCCGCGUUGAUCCCGCUAGAAUAUGUUUUCCUUUUGGCCAUAUAAUAAAACGUUUGUUGACCAAGCUUUUUCUGUCAAAAUGGCUGGAUAUUGGCCUCGUUCUUUUUUUGCCUUUUUUAGUUAAUUGAACAAAUUUUGUGAAUGUCUGUUGCAGAUAUUCCUGGAAUGGGUUGCUAUUUCUUCAGCUAUGAAUGGAUUCUUAGCAAAAUCACCUUAGAGGGAGAAAGGUAUACGCAAUAUACUGAAGUAAUUAGCCCACAUCCCCUGGAAAUUUUAUCGUAAACGCCUUUUGAAGCCGGUCGAACCGUCCCCUAGUCUCUAUCUGGCCAGAAAGAACCAAAUCUGCCCUGCAAUGUAACACUUGAGGGUACUACCGAUGUAUGGGUCGGGUAAAUCACCUAUAACCUGAGACCGUGUACGUUGUUAUUGAUGAACAAAACAUCAUCGUUGCCCGCCGUUGUCGUGGUAUCAAGGAACUUAAGCACAGGCGUUUCUGAGCGGCACAUGUCAACCUGAAGUGAAGCCCUGUCUCCUUCAAUAUGCCUUGACUCUACCAUGUUUGCAAUGCAAAGUGUUUUUACUCUAAUAAAGACGAUUUGCCGGAAAAAAUUGGGCGAAACCACUGCCUAAGAAUUCAAAAUGUCCACUUAUGGUUGAUGUGCCUCGCUCAAAAACCUCCCCGCUUAAGCUCCCUGUUCACAUGAAGUCCCCAUUGAGAUUCUCGCGAAAUAAACUCAAAUCAGUUAUUGUGGCCAAACAAUAAGUAUAUCUUGAUUGAUCAUCUUCCCUGACUUGCACCCAUGCCGAAAAACGAUGGAAUGCAUCUUUGAAUAUCAUCGAGAUAUUAGUUUCUGUCUCUUUUUUUCUUUCUAGCCGUGAAAAUUUAAACCCGCUUAGGUAUAUCCUUGCCGGAGGUAUGUUGUGUUUGUUCACUUAUGUAAAGAUAAUCCAUAAAAAAGAAGAAGGAGAAUCAGUCGCAACCCUAAGAAUGGGAAUGGUCCUAAAUAUCAAAAAAGUUUGCAAACGCUUGCUUUGAAGUUGUUAAAGGAUUGCUAAUCAUUGGCAGCACUCAAAACAAAAAUACAGAGUUUCUUUUGACACGUAGGAACCGUAUUUGGUAAACACCACCAAUUGCCCAGAGAAAGGGAAUAAUAUUUUCCCCCUGAACGGUCAGAUAUAAAAGGGUUUUUGAUACUCACUUUUUAUGCUCAUGCCUUAAUUAUAUCUAUACUACUGAUUAACUUUAGCUUUAUAGGAUUUAUUUCCUCUUUUUGGGUAUUGCAGUGGGCUAGAACUCAACUCAAAAGCCUUGCUCCUUCGGCUCCCGAACCCAAGAAGUUUGAACACUGCCUGUUAGGUAGACUUGCCUACAAAUUUAGCUCAAAUUUUUUUUCACGAGCGCGAAGCGCGAUCGAGUGGUAGAUUUUUUAUCUUUUCUGCGGCAAAAGUGAGCGAGAGAGUAGACUUGCCUACAAGUCGAGCUCAUAUUUUUUCACGGGCGCGAGGAGCGAGCGGUAGAUUUUUAUCCAACUACCAGAACCGGAAAUGAGAAGCGAAGGACUUUAAGAAAGUCUAGCGAGAGAGCGGGAGCUGCGGGAGCUGCGGGAGCUCAACUUGUUCUCCCCCAGAAAAAAAUCGCAUCAAGUGACGUCAUUUUGGCGCGAACUUUUUGCGUCCCUGACGCGUGUGUCAAAGUUUGUCAAAACAAGUCGGUAAUGUUUUUCCGACUCAUGGCUGCCAGGUAAAACUGGCCUUGGUAAAUACUCAAAUGGAGUAAUAAAACGCCCACUAAAUCUUUUGUGCGCGUUGCAGUUCCCGAUAAUGUUUGCCUACAAAAUGCACAGCUCAAUUUAUAAAUAGUUAAAUAGUUAAAGUCACGUUUCAUCUGGCGUGAUCGGGUUUAAUUGACUGCGCAUUAGUAAAACCGUUCUUGAUUGGGUAAAACUCACAGAAGGAAAAUUCCUUCUGUAAAUUUGGCACGCUGCAGGGGUAAAAGUCCUUGGCGCUGUGGCCAACUAUCGGAACCGGAAAUGAGAAGCGAAGGACCUGUUAGGCUGAUAUUUUAAACAGCGUUACCCCAGAAAUUCAAAAUCUUAUCCUGGUUUUUUUAUGGCAUAGCGAAAAUAGUUGUGUUGCCUUUUCCCCACCUCGGGUUAAUUUCAUUGAUGUGUUUGCGUGUGUUUUUACCUUGUAAGGUACGACAGGCAUGAUCUGCUGGUUCUCCAUUCUUCCCGCCGAUGUGUUGAAAUCGCGUGUACAAAUAGGUAACUCAUGAAACACAGAUACGUAAUCGCGUGCGUUCACUUGUCGAACGUUUCGCCCGAAGUUUUGUUAGCAUUGCACGUCCGCAAGUGUUUUUAUUUGAGCAUUCUUCCUCCGUUCACCUGCUAUUUCUUGCAUAUGUGCCUACGUUGUUCUGUGCUCAUUUGGAGGACAGGCAAGUACUAAGUGAGUCAACCGGACUCUCUAAUUUUCCCAUAUUAGCACUUCAGUCUAGGGAAGCUGUUUCUUUGCUCUUCCAUUGACGGAAAGAAGUUUCAACAACAUUACGGCAUAUGGUGCGUUUAUCUUCAAAUUGAAUUCUGGAUAUUGAAUAAGUAAUGGCAAGAUCUUACGCCAUAUCGUUAAAAUUUCGUCCUGGUUAUAACAGGGUAGUAAUUAUGAACCGACCCUGGCUCCAAUUGUAGAUAUGUUCAGUGAAACGUUUUAAAAUUCCUUUUUUGUAACCAGCCUCGUUAUUCUCUUUCCUCAAUACUCAUCUUUUCUCGUUGUUCUUUGCCCUUUGUUAAACUUAACAGUUUUUCUGCCUUUGCGAGUCUAGUCGUUUGUCAAAAGGUGUAACAAUUGUCCCUUGCACAAACUCUUUAGAUACUCCCUGUUUGUAACCAGCCUCGUUUUGCUUUCCUCAAUACUUAUCUUUUUUCGUUGUUCUUUGCCCUUUGUUAAACUUAACAGUUUUUCUGCCUUUGCAAGUCUAGUCUUUUAUCAAAAGGUGUAACAAUUGUCCCUUGCACAAACUCUUUAAAGACUCCCUGUUUGCAGAGAAUGUUAUAGACUUAUAUUUAUUCUUCCUCCGUAGUUGAUUUUCUUCCUCGACCAUUCUCUUUUAGCUCCCGAAGGAAAGUAUCCUAGAGGAGUAAGAGAUGCAUUUAUAGAACUAGUAAGUUCGCUGUUUACAGGCCGUGGCUGAUUUGUUGAUCACUUGAGAACAUUUAAAACAUGUUGACGUCUCUCUUAUAAACUAUGGUAGUGUAGUCAAUGUAGAAAAUUGUGGUCAAUUUGUUGCUUGUUUGUUCUUUGUCUGGAACCACAACGACGGUAUCGUGAAAAAAGAAAACAAUUGGUUUUAAGAGCAAAGCAACAGCUCUGCACGUGCAACAUCCUUUGAUUCACACUUCUCAGACUCAUUAAUAAUUCAUUAAGAAAAUACAAAGGAAAAAAAAAUGUUUAAUGAGUGUUUGGAAAUCAGAUGAAAAACUGCUCAUUUUUGCCUCCUUAAUUUCUCUUUCUAAAAUCAUUUUGUUUGAGAAGUAAUAUCAAGCAUUCGAGACUAUUUCAUCACUAGAUGAAACUCCUCGAAGUUGGUCAAAAAUACUCCGCUGCGCGUCGUAUUUUCAACUCUCUUCUCGGUGUUUAAUCUGGUGAUGCAUCUCAUGCUUGAUAUAUUACCUCUUUGACGUCCAGUGUGCGACAGGACGUGAAACUUGAAAUGGAGGACGUGAAAACACGACUACGAAUUCUCCUUUAUCUUUUGAACCUGCAUACAGUCGGAUUCGACAAAAUAAGCGGGUAUUGAUAGACACGAUAAAGUUUGAAAGAAGGCAUAUUCACUUUUAGUGACGUUUUCGCUGCCGUCGUCGUCGUUGCUUAAGCUCCCUUGUAAACCUGAGCACAUGGGAGGAACAGCGCACCAUUGCUUUAUUACUGCAAAUACUCUUAUAGAAAAUGGCUCUCCACUAAGGAGUACUUUUGAAUUUGUCCAAGUGUUGAAGAACACCUAAUUUGACACAUAAUGCGUUGCGGGUAAAAUCUGUAUUUUGGGCUAACUUGGUUAUUUAAUCAUUUUCUAGGUUAGAAAUGAAAGCUUCGCAAGUCUAUAUAAGGGACUAACUCCGGUGUUGAUGCGUGCUUUUGCAGUCAACGGGGUAAGUGAAGAGAGGAAAUGCAGAGUGGUGCGAAAAGCUAAUAGGAAGAAAAGAAGGACUGUUCCAUCUUCCUCUUCACGCCAACGCCACUUUCUGACCUCUUUGAGGCUUGAAAUCCCCCAUGUUUGAACUGCGAGAACUACUAGCACCGGCUUACGGUCUCAGAGAAAGAAGGAAAAAGAAACACUGUCCUGAAUGAAUCUGAUUUUAUUUGGCGUGGUUUUGACUUGGACGUCAAGACGUCCAUGGUGAACCGUCAUAGCCUCUUACGCAGACACCCCAUGGUGAACCGUCAUAGCCUCUUACGCAGACACCCCCAGUGGAUAAGUAUUUGGGAAACCAAUUUGCCACUUUAAGAACGAGAAGGAAGCUGAGUUAACUUUCGCAAAGACUUCUGGGACUGUUACUAAGGACAGGGAAAAUAUGUAUAAUAGCUGACCGGCGUGUUCCCAGUAAUGAUCCCACAAACACUUGCGGUACGCAUUUCGGCUCCAGUUCCCUUCUCGUUAAAAAGUGGCGAAUUACGUUAUCCACGUUUUCGACAUCUCGGGUCUGGGAGAUUAAUUUGGAAGGAGAAAUCAAUCACUAGAAAACUCAGAAAAAAUCCCCCCCCCCCUCCCCUUAGGUGAGAAUAGAAUUCAUGACCCUUCGAGUUCUAGAUCAGAUGCUCUAACCACUGACCCAAAACCUCCGUAUUAAACAUUAGCAUUUGACUUGUAAGACUGAUCCUAAAUGGGAUUUCUGUGGACCAAUUGUGAUUUAAAACUCGCCAGCGAUUCACUAAUAUAAGACUAACGAAGGGAUUGUUCAAAAAAAUGCGUCUUUCCUCGUGUUUUUAAGUAAAACUGAUCUCAGCUUCUUGGUAAUCCUAGUGAUUUCUAUUUUUAGGGUGUUUUCUUUGGUUAUGAAGUGGCCUUGAAGUUAUUUAACUGGAUUGCACCAGAAUAAGGAUUUUUUCCAGUGUCAUUAAAAUAAUGAAAGCCUUCUAUCCUGUGGAACGACGGAGAAUGCGACGAACAUUGUGUGUGUUAAAUUACUGUGCUUUUUAAAAACACGCG